AUGACGAAUUCGAACCCAAAUUCGACUCCAUCGCAAUCCUCAGCUUCAUAUAUUCAACGAAUAAUCUCACCUCAUGGAUUGCUGAGUCUCAUCGCUAUGGUACUCACCUUUACAUUGAAUAUUCUCACCGUGACAAGAUGGGACAUUACGUACUAUGGCUGGCAACUCCUUUACUGGCCACUCUUUGCUCUGAUGUUUAUCUAUUCUUUAUGUUACUUCUUGGUCAUCUUGCUUGGUCUAGACAUUUUUGAGAAACUCGGAAAAAUGGUGAUGCUAGUUUCUCUGGGCGUUGUUGUCGGUUGUUUGAUCAUCACUGGUUGUAUCCUCAUCGAUUACGCGUCGAAAGCGAAUCGAUGGUAUGAUACAAGAUACGACGUACGAUUUAUUCUCGCUUGUAUUUUAAACUGGAUCGUUUUCCUCGUUUACAUUGUCCUUUCCGUGCUCACUUUCACCAAUAAA